CGUGUGCCCGGUGUAGCACGCAUCACUAUCCCAGCUACAGGUGAGCGCGUUUCGGUGCUCGCAGGCAUAGGUUUGAAGCCCCACGCGGCGCCAUGGCAUACAUGUUGACACCUACCUCUCCUCAACACAGCUGUCCUGCCCGGGGCCAGACACUGCGAACAUACUUCUCGCCCGGAAUAAGUGCUUACUUCAUGGCUAGUAACGAAACAGCAUUUGAGGUUGCGUUCCUGGAAGAGUGCGAGAUGCACAUGUUCAGCAACCACGCGUCCUUCAAGGGAUUUGAGACUGUGUAUAACCGUACACGCAGCGAUCCACAGUUCAAGUUGCCUCUGUUGUGUCGCAAGCGGCUGACAGAGGCAUACUUCCGCUCGGGGCUACAGUACAGGGCGCCGCUGAGCAGCUAGACGCUGACCUGUUGCGAUUUCAGGACGAGUACGUGGAUACAUUCAGCCUGCGUUGGGGGCGUUACCAUUUAUGUUCCACCCCAGGUGCGGAGAGUGCCCUGUGACCAUGCUAUGUAACUAUGACCACAGCAGGAGAUGGAGUGUGCACGUGCUUAGCAGGGACACCGCUGAGAGGAUUGCUAAGGGGCCACCAAAGCCGAAGAACCUGUGGAGGCGAGAGGUGCGGGGCACUGCGGGGUGAGCACGCAGGGAGAAAGCAUAUACAAUGCAUGGGUAACAUGGGCACCCGGGGCCUUACAUUUGGCAUGUACCAAAAAGUAUAGUAGUCACGCUCAAUCGUUCGAGGUUGCUUAGCGUGGUGAAGUCGCGCCAGCAGCGCCGGACAUGCAGAACGUUGCCAUAGAUGACCGAAGAAAGCGCCUGGAGAAGAAAGCAGAAUGGCUGUACCAGAAUGUGUAUACGAGGAGUGGGGGUAGCGCUGAUUUUGGCGCGCAGUCUGGAGCCGUUAGUCGCCAGGAAGAGCAAGACAUACAUGUCCACACGCGCCGGUAAAUGUGGCAAGGCUGCUACCAAGAAGCACGCCAAAGUUAUGAGUUGCGACCAAAAGCUGUAUGACGUCGAAGACGACGAGCAAGGGCAUCGAGAUAACGAGCGAGCGGAUGAACUUGACCACUUCAGCUGCCGAGAAUACCAAUAGCGUCAAGUCUGUAACAAGUGACCUGCGAUAUACAAGACAUGUAUCAAAUGCAUGAAAAUGUCUAGCGUCCCAAGCGGAAGCCGACCGAUACUCACCCUCCCGCGCGCAAGCUGAGGCAAAGAACGUUCGCCUGCAGACGGUGUAAGCAGCGCUUGAUUGUCUGGGAUGUCCACAAGAUGUUGUGGAUAGCGGACACGAACAACACUGGCACGAGGCCGGCGGUCAUGGAAAUGGCAAAGCUCCGGGUCCAGUAAACGGCACCUGCACGUAUCGUGUUAAGUCACUGUUCCUUCACACGUGGUGGCCUAAAGCGGUGGUAUACGUGCCUGUCCGCGUGUUGAGUUCCUGAAGGGCUCCGCAACUGAGUUCCAGGACAGCGUUGACCAUAACGCAAGACUGGGCCGAAAAGCCAACCGGUCCGUUGUCAGGGACGAAGAACAACUGAAAGACGUAUACGACCGCGGUGAGGGCCACGGAACACGGUGAAAGGAUUCCGCUGGUCGCCAUUGAGCGCGGCGGAGCAAGUGGAUAGGGCAGCGAGAAGGGCCACGAAUAGCGCAAACUGCGCCAUAUACCGGCCGAGGCCCACCAGCACGGCGCUCGCGUGCACAAUCCUGGCCGACCGGGCGCUGGUGCUGAAGGGCUCAUGCCCAGGCUCCUGCACGUUUUCGACAGUCUCGGUGUUGGGGCGUUUGCGUAUGCGUGGCAUUUUGUCAGUUGUAAUAAUGGAAGUGCCAAAGUGAACGUGAUUUACACACCGAGGGGUGUGGGGCCGGGCUUACUUCAACGGUGGGCCAAUUUGGAUUUCAACUUUGAAUCCGGACAGUCAGUCCCCCUGACGGCAUGUUCCCAGACGCGCCAGUAUCCCGGGCUCAGAAGAACGCAUGUACUUGCACGCUUAUGGAGUUCUAACGUGAGACGAAACACAGUCGGGACUGAAAGGUCACACAUAGAAAUGGUUCCUCAACUGGCGGCAGCAUUCACAGGGAUUCCAGGAGUAUUGGCGCUGCUCUUGUUCAUCGUAACAGUGAUUAGGUUUCCACGACCGUUUGCGGACCGGCACAAAAUUGUUGCCGCCAUACUGGAGAAAUGCGACAGGGACAUUUUUGGAGGCAGCUUUCAGCAGGCCGCGACUGCACUGGUAUGGAAAUUGAGCUCGUCAUUUAUGAUGCACCGAUUGACGCCAGUUGCGCGCAGGGCUGCUUCGACGAUUGCUUGAAGGCCGAGGGCAUCGCUACCGACCAACCACUUGGCACACUGCUCCGUCGCAUAUUGCGCAUGUGCUGCCGCGAUGCCAACCAGCCCGAGGCGGUGCUUACUUACAAUAUUCCG